GACGCGGUUAUGAACUAUACAAUUUGCCGCAACACGGGUGAGGAAAGAAAGGCUUCGCCGAACCAGGCCAGUCUGCACAUUUCCGGAAGGAAACACUAAUAGAAAGGUCGACAGUAGGACAAAAAGAAGUGACCAUGGCUAUGGUAGGACUGAGAGCUUCCUAUCACAGGAUGUUGGAUCGGAUCGAGCACUUACUCCCAGCUAAACUCAGACCCAUCUACAACCACCCCGCAGGUCCCAAGACUGUCUUCUUUUGGGCACCCAUGUUUAAAUGGGGUCUGGUGUUUGCUGGCUUAGCAGAUAUGACCAGACCAGCUGAAAAACUCAGUACAUCCCAGUCUGCUGUGCUGACUGCCACAGGUCUUAUUUGGUCCAGGUAUUCACUAGUUAUUAUACCUAAAAACUGGAAUCUCUUUGCUGUCAACUUUUUUGUUGGAGGUGCAGGUGGAUCUCAACUCUUUCGGAUAUGGAAGUACAAUCAAGAGGAAAAGGCAAAGAAGAAAGCUGCAGAGGCUUGAUUCCACUGACACAUCAGUGUCAUUUCUUGGGUUACAAAGGGAUUCCCAGCUGAGCCUUAUCCCCAGAAAAUGUUGUCUUUUUUAGCAAUUAUGUAACUUUAAAGAAUUGUGUCUAGCAUAUUAUUUCAUGCCAUCUUUUGAAUAUCCUAAAUGUGAUUUUAAAGACUUAGUCAGUAAACGCACAACAUGUUACUUGUUAAAUUACAUGUAAUAGUAUUCAUUUAAUGUACCUAGUGCUUUAUAUGGAAGAUGCUUUCCAUAGUUCUUUUUAUUGGGCUACAUACUGUAAACAUCACUUGUAUUCCAUAGGAAAUAUUUACUAAGCAUUUGUGGAAUUUUCAGAUUUUACUUUUAGUUUGCUAAAAUCAUAUCAUUAAAGUUGCUGGGAAUCUA